UAAUGUCAUGUCACGUCAAAAUUUAAAAGAAAUAUUUCCCUGCUCCCGAGAUAAACAAUAAAAUAAAUCAUUAAAACUGCUUGAGAACCAAUAAUUCUGAUUUACAUUUUUCAAAUAUGUUAUAAACUAUAAUAUUCAUAACAUUGUUGUAGUCUUUUAGACCCCCACUAAUUAACGCACAGCGUGGCGAUUUUGUGUGUAAUGUUUAUGCAUUGAAUCUCUCUAUUAUGGCAUCCGGAUCAAAAAAUGAUAUGGUUAACAGAUUAUUAAAUGUGAGACUUGACGAUGGAGCUGGGGGAGAUGAAAUGCCGCCGCAAAAUAUGCUGCCAUCGAAUCAGCACGCUCGACAGAACAACAAUUCCCAGGAAGAGGACAACGGCCAGGCACCGGAACCUGUGGCUUCGUCGUCGGCGAUAGAGAAUCUUCAGCCAACCAAUAACACAGGUGGACGAUUGCACAACUGGCAAGCAACGAAGACGACCGUCAAAGAGCGACUAUCCUUUCUAUUCAACAAUGAAAUAUUGUGUGAUGUUCAUUUUAUAGUUGGUAAAGAAGCCAAUCAACAAGUAAUACCAGCGCAUAAGUUUGUAUUGUCUGUGGGUAGCGCAGUCUUCGAUGCCAUGUUCAAUGGAGUGCUUGCAACUAAGUCUGAUGAAGUGGAAUUGCCUGAUGUGGAGCCGGCAGCUUUCCUGCACCUGCUGAAAUUCCUGUAUUCCGAUGAAGUGAGGAUUGGACCAGAGAGUGUUAUGACCACAUUGUAUACAGCUAAAAAAUAUGCUGUUGCAGCUUUAGAAGAACACUGUGUAGACUUCUUGAAGAGUAAUUUGGGCACAGAUAAUGCAUUCUUGCUACUGACUCAGGCACGAUUGUUCGAUGAACCUCAGUUGGCAGCACUCUGCUUGGAGAUGAUUGAUAAGAAUACAGCAGAUGCUUUGAAUGCUGAAGGGUUCACUGACAUAGACCAAGACACAUUGAAUGCUGUGCUUGAAAGGGAUACAUUGAGGAUUAGAGAGGCUAAAAUUUUCUCAGCAGUGUUACGCUGGUCAGAAGCUGAAUGUAUAAGAAGGCAGCUGCUUGUCUCUCCCGCAACUCAACGGAUGGUUCUGGGCAGAGCUUUCAAUGCAAUCCGAUUUCCCCUGAUGUCCGUAGAAGAGUUUGCGAUGGGCCCAGCCCAGAGUGGCUUACUUGAUGAUAGAGAAAUAGUGCAAUUGUUCCUAUAUUUUACAGUCAAUCCGAAACCUAAUGUAGGGUUUUUAGACACUCCUCGUUGCUGCAUGACUGGUAAAGAGCUAACUGUGAAUAGGUUCCCACAGACCGAGUCCCGAUGGGGUUACAGUGGUACUACGGACAGAAUCAGAUUUACAGUCGACCAAAGAAUUUUUGUUGUUGGUUUUGGACUGUAUGGAUCAUACUUUGGGCCUACUGAGUAUGAAGUACAUUUACAGAUAAUCCACCUAGCCACAAAGAAAGUGUGUGGUUCCAACACAACAACAUUUUGUUGCGACGGCACAGACGACACCUUCCGGGCCAUGUUCAAGGAACCUGUUGAAAUAUUACCAAAUACUUCCUACAUCGCUAGUGCUAAAUUAAAGGGCACCGAUUCCUACUACGGCACUAAAGGCCUGCGCCGCGUGACAGUUGACUGCAACAACGGUGAGAAGGUAGUGUUCCAAUUCUCGUACGCGGCCGGCAACAACAACGGCACCUCCGUGGAGGACGGCCAGAUCCCCGCCAUCAUAUUCUAUAUUUAAAAAAAUAAAUCUUGCACAGACUAUUGAGGUAUUUUGAAUCUCUAGAUAUUGCCAGGCACAUUCUAAUGAUGGUUUAAAACCGGCGAGGUACACUCAGCGUAGAAAAUAAAUGAGCGCGCUGUGUGCUCUUGGCUGGCAACACUCGUAGCUUAUCAAUCAAUCUUGAUCGUUUGGUAUUGCAAUGGCAAAAAAAAGUAGUUCGUUGAAAAUUCAAUUUCUAUUCUUUAUUAGGCAUUCUGUAAAUGUGGGCUAACGUAAGUGAAUCACCGUUAGGGGCGCUGGUGUAGUGAAAGGUUCGUUUUCAUAGAAAAUUGGCAUGGCCUGCGCACGUGAUUUUAAAAUAUCAGCCAGUAAAAUGAAAUCGCGCGACUAGUACCGCCAACCAGUGAUAGAAAAAACUAUAAACCCAUUUUUUUUGUAUCACAGUAGUAUGUAAUCAAAAAUAUCGCGCCGGUGUGAGAUUACACAGAUCCAACUUUUAAUUUUGUUACACUUCUUCAUAACAUGGAGUAGUUGAAGAAUAUAAAAAUCUGACUGAAUAUUUUUACAAGUAUAGUGUAUUUUUAUAAGUAAACAGUAUCCAUUACACCGCAUAAUUGAACGUUUAUUAUUACGAAUCAACUACUUGUGUUGAAUAUUGUUGUUUGUCGAGUAAAAAAAAACGCUUGUUGAAUAUACUCCGAUUUAAUUUUCAAUCUCUAAUUCUGAUUUACAUAAAAAACUGACUACAAUAAAUUGACAUAAUGACGAUUCAAUAAAUUAAAAUUGUUUGAACAAUAUGCAAAUGGAGUCAAUUAGUAAGCGUUUCAGGGGCCACAUCUAACAGGGGAUAAUUUUCUAUUACAUUAUUUAUGUAAUAAAUAGUAAAAAAAAUAGUAUUGUUGAGAAUAUUUUUAUAAAAGUUAACAACCUUUAGUGUUUAAGCCACCUUAUUUAUUAAAAUUUCCACAUACAUUUCCGAUUAGUGCCAAAUUCAGAAAAUUUAAAAACUACUUAUUUUGUUUAUUAUUCUUAAUGUUUCGAAUUACCUAAAUCAAGUUUAUUUGUCAGUUAGUUUUUCGAUUGGUAUUUCUAGUCAAAUUUAUUAUUCAAUAUGUUAUUAUUAUUAUUAAUACAUACCUGAUUUUGUACCGUUCCAUAUUCGAUACUCACUCUGGUUUACAAAGCUAUUUUUCAUGAAGCUAGUCAAAGGCGGGAAUUCGAAUAUAAUGCUUACUACGGAGUUAGGUACUUAUCACACUUUCGGAUUUCGAUCAGCAGCUACACUCAUUCUAUUAACAACUAUUACGUUUAAUAAAAUUGAUUUUUCAAAAAAGUACGCCAAUCGAUCUUUGUGCCACGUGACCACAGACCAUAAGCCUAAAUGUUCUGUGCCCGUUACAUAUUAAAACAAAUCAUUCAAUUUGGUCUAAUAUCCGCUAAGGACUAGCUAAUCGUGACGUAGUAUAAGUACUUAUAAUUAAGACUCAAUUAAAACAACGCAUCUAAGGGAUAACACAGAUUUCGAACGGAAAUGUAAAAUACCUCGCUACAAACGGUCGUCUCAAACUAUUGCGUGAUUUUUAUAGGAAUGGGAAAUAUGGGAAUUAGCAGGAAUUGAGUCGUGCCCGGUCUAGCCCACCAAGGGUUUACGCCUGAGCGCAUACAGAGCGUAAACGGUUUUUUGCACUUGUGUAAACGUUUAUGUCGGGCGUAAAUCAUACUAAAGAUCUCUGGCCGUGUACGAUAUCCUAGAUUAAGAUGUGUAUUUUAAAAUAAAAUGUUUUGUAUAGAACAAGCGAUGUUGAUUUAGAUGUCGUGAUUAAAUAUUAAAUAAAU